AUGAACAUACAUGCUGCUGUGAAUGCUGAUCACAUUGAUGUGUAUGAGGAUGAUGCAAUGAGGGAGAUGUUCCAUGAGGUUGAUUCGAUGGAAGAUGGAGGAGUACAUGGUCUGAAUAAAAGCGCGCAAAAUUUACUAAAUGAAGGUGCACGACGGUGCGGUACACGAUAUGCAUCUAGUGAGAAUCUGGUAAAGUUGUGGGAGAACGACCAAAGUCGAAAACGCGGUCGCCGACUACUCUUACCUUCUGGAGAGGUAUCACCGAGAGUACCUGGUAGAAGAGGAUCGGCCUCUCUGAUGGUACGCGUGCAAAGUUGGUUCUCGGAUAGUGCAGGAGAUGAUGGAGAGGAGGAGACAAGCGAAGAAAAGGCCGUCCGAGUUCGUGCUUUACAGCGAGCGGAGAUUUCGAGUUGGUUUAGUGGUGCUCCUGUGGAAGCUUUGAAAAGAGGGAAUGUGAAAAUAUGGAUGGCAGAGUAUUUCUUUGAAGGAUAUGAAGUUGAUCAACUCACGCCGUCGGAGCAGGAGGAAAUGGAGGUAGUGGGGGAUGCUUGUGAUGUGAUGGAUAUUUUUUAA